CACACGUCACCGCCGAGGGCGGCCCUGUUGCCUUGGCGACGGUUUCGCGGCUCAGGGCCGCAACCAGCAGCUCCUCAUCGCGAGACCCGCCGGGCCGAGAAGCCCCGGCCAUGACUUCGUCGGGGGCUGUGUCCGUCUCCGUGGGUGCGUCCGUCUCUGGGACAGAGGGGACGCUUGAGGCUGACAAGAUCUCUGGGAAGUCCGAGAACACCUAUAUUCUGCGGCCCGUUUUCCAGCAAAGGUUCAGACCCUCCGUGGUUAAAGACUGCAUCCAUGCUGUGCUCAAGGAGGAGCUGGCAACCUCUGAGUACUCUCCAGAAGAAACACCUCUGCUCACAAAGCGUCUAUCAGAAACGAUUAAAGAUAAAUUAAAAGCAAUGGGAUUUGACCGAUAUAAAAUGGUGGUGCAAGUAGUUAUUGGAGAACAAAGAGGUGAAGGAGUAUUCAUGGCUGCCCGCUGUUUCUGGGAUGCUGACACUGACAACUACAUUCAUGAUGUUUUUAUGAAUGACAGUUUGUUCUGUGUUGUAGCAGCAUUUGGCUGUUUCUACUAUUGAAAAUUUGAAAGCUGGGAAAAGGUAUGACUAUGAAGAAAUAAUGAACUUUUUUAUAUUGUUAAAUAUCUUGACAAAAUAAAGAUAACUUGGCAGUUUGGCAA